AUGUCUGCCCAAUAUCACUCCGGUUCCCAAGACGGUGUCAAGACCUACAUCGACCGCAACGGUGAUACCGUUCAGGAAUCUAGCGGCCCAACUCCAAUCUUCCGCGGUCUCGCUGCCGCCGGCGGUGAAGCUUUCAUCUCCGACUCUGAGGAAUCUUCUGGAGAAGAAUACCACCAGCACGCACACGGUGUUCCAUCCUUGCCAAAAUCCGAGAAGAAGUCCAAGAAGGAAAAGAAGGAUAAGAAGUCCAAGAAGUCCAAGAAGGAACGAUCCGGAUCUUCCUCCUCCGGCCAUGGCUGCAACUGCAGCCACAGCCACUAA